UCAGAGCAGGCAUUAGUUUAAGAAAGAACCACACAGAGGCAAAAGCUGCUGCAAAGGAAACUACUAAAGGAGACUCUGCUGAGAUCCUUCAACAUCCUCAAGCAACAGAGAGCUCAUCCCUGAAAGAACUCUAAAGCAACGAGCAAGAUGUCCUCAGCUAAGGGAAUUUCUAUUGGCAUUGAUCUGGGCACCACCUAUUCUUGUGUCGGGGUUUUCCAGCAUGGAAAAGUAGAGAUCAUUGCCAACGACCAGGGCAACAGGACCACCCCCAGCUAUGUAGCCUUUACCGACACAGAGAGGCUCAUAGGAGAUGCUGCCAAGAACCAGGUUGCCAUGAACCCCACCAACACAAUCUUUGAUGCCAAACGGCUCAUCGGGAGAAAGUUUACCGAUGCUGUUGUCCAGUCUGACAUGAAGCUCUGGCCUUUCAAGGUGAUCAAUGAUAACGGAAAGCCCAAAGUCCAGGUGGAGUAUAAAGGGGAGAUGAAGGCUUUCUACCCAGAAGAAAUCUCCUCUAUGGUCCUGGUCAAAAUGAAGGAGAUUGCUGAGGCCUACCUGGGGCAGAGAGUGUCAAACGCAGUCAUCACAGUUCCAGCUUAUUUCAAUGAUUCUCAGAGGCAAGCCACCAAGGACGCCGGGGUGAUCUCUGGACUGAAUGUUCUGAGGAUCAUCAAUGAGCCCACAGCAGCAGCCAUCGCCUAUGGCCUGGACAAAGGUAAAAAAGGGGAGCGCAAUGUACUCAUCUUCGAUCUCGGUGGAGGCACCUUUGACGUGUCCAUCCUGACCAUUGAGGAUGGCAUCUUUGAGGUGAAAUCCACUGCAGGAGACACACACCUUGGUGGGGAGGACUUUGACAACCGGAUGGUGAACCACUUUGUAGAGGAAUUUAAGAGAAAAUACAAGAAGGACAUCAGCCAGAAUAAGAGAGCAGUGAGGAGACUGCGUACAGCUUGUGAGAGAGCGAAGAGGACCCUGUCCUCCAGCACCCAGGCCAGCAUUGAGAUCGACUCUCUGUAUGAGGGCAUUGACUUCUACACCUCCAUCACAAGGGCACGCUUUGAGGAGCUCAACUCUGAGCUCUUCAGGGGAACACUGGAGCCAGUUGAGAAGGCCCUGCAAGAUGCCAAGCUGGAUAAGUCCAAGGUCCAUGAAAUCGUCCUGGUCGGUGGCUCCACAAGAAUUCCCAAAAUCCAGAAGCUCUUGCAGGACUUUUUCAAUGGCAGAGACUUGAACAAGAGCAUCAACCCAGAUGAAGCUGUGGCGUAUGGUGCAGCAGUCCAGGCUGCCAUCCUCAUGGGUGACACUUCAGAGAACGUCCAAGAUCUGCUGCUGCUGGACGUGGCUCCCCUGUCUCUGGGCAUUGAGACUGCAGGUGGAGUUAUGACACCUCUGAUCAAACGAAACACCACCAUCCCCUCCAAGCAGACCCAGAUCUUCUCCACAUAUUCAGACAAUCAGCCAGGUGUGCUGAUUCAGGUGUAUGAGGGCGAGAGAGCCAUGACCAAGGACAACAACCUUCUGGGCAAGUUUGAGCUCACAGGUAUCCCUCCUGCACCCCGAGGUGUACCCCAGGUGGAGGUCACUUUCGACAUCGAUGCCAACGGCAUUCUGAACGUGUCCGCUGUCGACAAAAGCACCGGCAAAGAAAACAAAAUCACCAUCACCAACGACAAGGGCCGCCUCAGCAAAGAGGAGAUCGAGCGGAUGGUACAGGAGUCGGAAAAGUACAAGGCUGAGGAUGACCUGCAGAGGGAGAAGGUCGCAGCCAAGAACUCACUGGAGUCAUACGCCUACCACAUGAAGAGCAGCGUCGAGGACGAGAACAUGAAGGGGAAGAUCAGCGAGGAGGAUAAGAAGAUGGUCAUUGACAAGUGCAACCAGACGAUCUCCUGGCUGGAGAACAACCAGCUGGCGGAGAAAGACGAGUAUGAGCAUCAGCAGAGCGAACUAGAGAAAGUGUGCAAGCCAGUUGUGACCAAGUUGUACCAGGGAGCAGCACCAUCGGGAAGCUGCGGCAGCCAGGCAGGAGGCAACUCCAAGGGCCCCACUAUUGAGGAGGUCGAUUAAAUCUGUGGACAUUUACAGAAAUACUUUGGCCACAACACUGUUGUUUGGUACUUAGAAUAAUGUAUGUCACCAUUUAUUUUCUUGACUUGUCAUAAUAAAAAUAAUUCAAAUUACAA